UAGGCGUGGCUGGCUGCCUCCUCUCCCUCACGACGCCCUUGGAGGAGCUUCGCCGAGGACGUGGUGUGGAGGUGCGGGAGAGCUCGGAAGACACCUCGGGAUGCCGCCGGCUGGGAGGAAGCGCCUGGGGAGAGCUGCGAAGGCCCCCGUGGAGGCUCAGGGUAUGGCAGCCUAUGACUUUGGGAGACAAGAGAGAAGACAGCUGAGCGGGCCAGAGGUGCAAGGAAACUAUCCAGUAACCCAUGAACGUGGGCGGAAAAGGCCUUCUGCAGAAACACUUGAGGAAGAUGUCGGGAAUGAAGUACAGAAGAUGCUGCAAGGACUAGAAGUUGACAUUAAACAGGCUCUUCUUGCAAAGAGAAAAAUGUUCGAAAUGAAUGCAAAAGCUUCUGUCAAAACCACUAACGAAAAAAUUGAGCAUGUUUGGAAGAUACAGCAAGAAGAAAGACAGAAUCUUCAUCUCAAGUAUUCUCAGCAGUUUCUGACUUUGCUUUGGGAGUGGGAUACAGACAUGCGGAAAGCCCAGGAACAAGAAGAAAAACUAGCUGUUGAAUGA